AUGUCACCAGAAGGAUAUAGGUUCAACACACACGUCUCCGCCUUGUUCUUUGAUAACCAGACGUUGCGGGAGCACAAUCAACUUCAUCAACCCCACAACCCUCCCCAAUCCCUCCCCACCCUCGUCGAAUCCCCCUAUCUCUACCGCUCCCUCGGCUUCCACCCCAUACUCCCCGGAGAUGUCAUCGUCUGUCAUCUCCUCGUCCUCAACAAACUAGGCCAUGGUCGCAACAACACAGCCUGGCUCUGCCUCGACCAAAACGCCCGCCGCCGCCCCUACAAAGCCAUCCGCAUCUUCCACGUCCGCGCCUCCCGCAUUCACCACGAGAACACAGUCGUUUUCAUCUGGCAAAAGCGUGACGUCCUCGGAAUUGAUGACGACGGGAGGAUGAACGGCACUAGGAGCGGGUUGGUUUACCCUGUCAUAGGACCAAGGGUUGAUGACGAGGGGUAUCUAAGAUAUCUAGCGGAGAAAUCAGGGAGGAGUAUCUGGAAGGUGAAGAAGCAGGCUCGUUACAUGGUUGCGGAUGCGGUCGAGUCGAUGCACGGAUUGGGGUUGUAUCAUGGGGAUGCGAGGCCGGAGAAUAUGUUGUUUGAGGUUAAGGGGCUGGGGAGGUUGAGUGUGGGGGAGGUGGGGGGGAUUUAUGGGAGGUGUCCGAGGGGGUAUAACACGGACUGCCGGUUAAGGGGGAAGAAGCUGGGUUUAGAGGGGUGA